UAAUGCGCGGUGUUAACCACGAGCGCUUGUCAACAAGAAUAAAUCACGAGCUUUGCAAAGAUUUACAGGUGGACUUUGCGUGGAUGCCAUUGCUUAGCAUCUCUCAAACAAUGUGUGGCGAUUUGCGAAAUACAGCAAGGGCUUUUGCGCUUUAAAGUUCAAAAUCCUUUUGCUUUGAGUUUUAAAUUUGGAAAGAAAGGAACAGCUUUGAGCUGCUUUCGUAUGGGCUGAGGCUAUAAUAAUAAGUGCACUCUAAAUGACACUGAAUGCCUACCAUUAUUUUUGGAGAGGCCACUGAAGACUGAACUUAUUCAAGCGCCAGAGCCGGCUCAAAAUCAGUUUUCACCGGUCAUAAACCCUUUUCUUAAUUGCAACGUGACCACGUCCUCUGAACUUUGAAGGUCUGAAUAUUCCCCUUCUAUCCCAUGGUAAAGAUCUGGAAUAGAAGCUGAGAAGUCAGAUCUGCUGUUACAGAGCCUAAAAUAAAGAGGUCAGUCGGUUACUGCCUUUUACUGGAGGCUGCAGAGGGCCGGUCAGAGGCGAUGAACACGGCGCCACUCGCCAAUGCCAAGCGCAGCGUGGUUGCUAGGGUUUCGGAACCCCGAUUCCUUCGGUCGGCAGCAUCCCUUGGCCUCUUGGGAUUACAAAAGAAACGCACCGCACCUGGCUCCCACUCCCCUUUCUUUGUUCGAAUCCAUUGGAGCCCACGAGGUCGUUGCCUCCCUCCCCCACCCAAAACCCUCUAGGCCUCUCCACCUCUGCUACUAAUAAGUGAGCCCCAUCACUUCCACUUCCAGUCUUGGAUCCUCGAAGAUUCUGCGCGAUCUCAUCGCCCCUCUCUCGCUGGGGCCUAUUCUUGGCAGGCUUUUCGCUUCCUGGAUCCGCCCUGAUGUGCGAGAAUGGCAGUUCUUGGAGUUUCAGGACCCGCCAGAUAAAAGACUGAAGAGCGAACACUCGGAAUCGGACGCUGCUCAAUCUCGCCCUGCACGGAGGAAUCUUGCAGAUGGAGCCGGCAAAGGGGAAGAUGAGGAGGACGUCUUCCAACCUGCUUCUGCGCAUCACGGACAUUUGCAAGGUGCAUUCCGUCGGCGUCGCGGAGAACGUCGGCGGGAAGCCCAAGGCCGACAGCACCGGGGGGAGCAGUGAAGACGGUGCACACCUGAAAGUGCAUCCACAUCAAGUCUCCGACCAUGAGAGCUGCUCUGGAAGCUCCACUUCCCGCUAUGAGGAAGCGGUUGUCGAGAAGCUGCUUGAUGCAAUCUCUGUUCUUAAGCUGGCUUAUGUCAAGGUUCAGCAAGCACAUGUGCCAUACGAUCCUGAAAAGAUUGCGGCAGCUGGUGAGCGAUUUGUGUCGGAGCUUGAAGAGACCUCUGGGCUUAAAGAUCUGUAUGUUAGUGCCAACAAGUGGAGCAAUCCAAUGUUCCAGUCUCUUGUGAGCUCAAGAAUUCAUGAGCAUCAGAAGCUCGCUGUGGAGUUGCAGGCUGACAUCUGCAAGAAAGAUUCUGAACUUGUUCUGAUGCGAGCAGAGUUAGAGGAAGUGGAAAGGAGUAAUAUGGAACUGAAGGAAAAGAUUGAUCAGAGAGCAAUGCACGGAGAGAGAAAAUUUGACAUUGGCAAGGGGGAAUCAAUAGAUAUGUUUAUAAAAUUGUUUGAGAGUUCAUCGAAGCAUAUACAUGAUUUUACGAAACUAGUCGUCGGUUGGAUGAAAGUUUCAGGAUGGGACCUUGGCAUCUCUAAAUUUCCAAUUGACAAAUCUGCUGUAUAUGAGAAAAGGUCUCAUAAGAAGUAUGGUGUUGAGGCGUACUUUGCUUGCGCAAUGCUUAUGGGAACCAAAGAGGAGUACUUUUCCAUGGAUUUUUAUGAUCAUGUUAUGAGUUUUGAGGAUCCAUUUGAUGCUCUUAUGGAGGCCCCAAAUUCUGCUUUUGGAAGAUUUUGCCGAGAAAAGUAUCUGGUGGCUGUACCCAGGACUAUGGAGGAUUCCUUCUUUGGAAAUUUGGAUCACAGAGCAUUUGUGGAGAGGGGCGGUCAUCCAAGGACACAAUUUUACCAGACAUUUGCAAGAAUGGCUAGAAAUGUUUGGGCAUUGCUCACAGUUGCUCGCUACUUGAAACCAAGAGCUGAAAUGUUCUUUGUAAAAACCGGUGUUCAGUUUCAGAAGAAGCACAUGGAAAGUGUAUCAGCCAGGUUGAUUACAGAGGAAGCAAAGAUCAGUGUUGGGUUUACAGUAAUGCCUGGCUUUAAGAUUGGAUGCACUGUCAUCAGGUGCAAGGUCUAUCUGUCCAUGCUGAAUGCACGGGACUUCUAAACACAGCAUAUAACUAAAGCAUUAGGUAAGCGGAAUGCAAUAGCUUUAUAGUAGUUCUAUCAAAUAAGCUUACGGUUGGAAGCUCCUCCUGUAUUACGACGAGGAACAUUAGCCAAUAUAUAUAACUCAAGAGCACUAACUUGUUGUAAAGUCUUAUGCUACUAUAUGAAAAUAUUCAGUGUUCUGGUCUUGCUGAGUCAUGCCUUUGUUCAUAUGGAAAAUUGAACAUAUAGCAUAAUCCAGGCCCUUUGUGGCCAUAAUAAUUUCUAUACAUCUAACCAUGAGCGAAACAAUGCUUCUUAUGGUACAAU